AUGAGUGAACAAUUCAUCAAACAGACUGAGCUCCUGCGAGUGUUAUCGCGUUCAGCCGACAACUUUAAGAAGGUUGGACGCAACAAUUACACCGCAGCUAAAGUCCGCUCCAGAAUAGCCUCGGUGAAGGAAACGUGGAACCACUGCCUUCACGGACACGCCGUUUUGCUGAGCCUCGUCCCACAAAAGGACAGGGCCCAAUUCGAGUACUUCCAGGAAGAUCAGCUGAAAAACCACGAGGAAAUCUACCAAGCAACGCUGGAUCUGAUGAACGAAUGGCUCGAGGAAAUCGAGCCACCCGUGAGUCCGCACCAUUCAACUGCGCUUAAUCAGUCGAUUCCGCGAAACGAAACAUCCGCGUUAUCACUCCAGCAUUUACCGCCGAUUAAAUUACCGCCGUUCACGGGAGGCUUUCACGAAUGGGAAAGUUUCAGAGACAGAUUUACCGCGCUUAUCAUUGAAAAUAAGGAUCUUUCAAAUUGUACUCGAAUGCAUUUUCUCGCAUCCAGUUUAGCUGGAUCCGCGUUAGAUACCAUUUCCAGUCUUGCAAUUACAGCCGACAAUUUUACGGUCGCGUGGUCCGCUCUUAAAGCUCGAUUUGAAAAUAAACGUAAACUAAUUGACGUUCAUGUCGCCGCCCUAUAUAACUUGCCAGCUAUGUCGCGAGAGAGUGCCGUCGAAUUACACGCUUUGCGGGAUAGGGCCAGUAAAUCUGUCGCCGCAUUAAAAUCGUUGGGUCGAUCAGACGCGGAGCUAUUGAGUGAUAUAUUGAAUUAUUUCGUAACUUUAAAACUCGACGCGUCCACCCGUCGCGCAUGGAAGUUAAAAUGUUGUAGUGACGAUAAUCCUCCGAAUUACGAAGCCUUGAAAGAGUUCAUUUCAUCACGCGCACUCGCUCUCGAAGAAUUAGAUCCCGCGCCUCUGAAAGCGCACCGUCAAGUGCGAUCAAACAAUGCGACCGCUACCGAGAAUUACAAGCGCUGUGUUCUCUGCAAAGAAUCCCACGCGUUGUAUCAAUGCGACCAAUUUCUAAAAAAGAACCAGAGCCAACGUCGAGAAUAUAUCAAACGGUUAAAUCGUUGUUUUAAUUGCCUCGGUACGAAGCAUUCUGCUUCGGAUUGCCCAAGCAAAUUCUCAUGUCGGGUGUGUCAGAAGCGGCAUCAUUCUCUCCUUCACAUUGACUCUGGUUCUCCAAUAAAUAGCGCAAGCCACGUCUCAAGCGUGAGUCAAGCCGUCAACGAAGAGUCGACUCCAGAAACGGGCAGCGAAGCGCCGUCCUCUGUUGUCGCGAUGUCAGCCGUCUCCGCGAGCGCCGUUCCGUCCCCCGUAUUGCUCGCUACCGCGCGCGUGAUACUCAAGUCGCCGACGGGGCGCGAACUAGUCGUCAGGGCGCUCCUGGACCAAGGUUCGGAGGUGACAUUUGUCACUCACAAAAUUACACAGAUUUUGAGACUGCCUCGGAGACGAACGUUCACUACGAUCUCCGCGAUCGGGGGUUCGAGUGUCGGUACGUGUCGCUAUGCCACAGACAUAAAAUUCCAUUCUCGCGACCGAUUGAGUCCGACGUUCUCGACGGUAGCCUUUAUUAUGCCAUCGCUCACUAAAUACAAUCCUCCACGGUUGACCGGUCUCUCGACCUGGGCACAUUUACAAAAUUUGCAACAUGCCGACGACAACCCUACCGGAUCCGAGCCAAUCGAACUCAUCAUCGGAGCCGACCUUUACGGCUGUGUGAUUUUGAGCGGUGUACGGAAGGGAUCGACCAAUCAGCCGAUCGCGCAAAACUCCCACCUCGGAUGGAUAAUUUCCGGGCCGAUGCCCGCACAGACCGCCCCCGCGCAGCAUAUUCGUGCCUUUCACUGUGCACUCGAAGACGCACUCAAAAAAUUUUGGGAGAUAGAGGAGAUCCCACCGCGCAGAAUUCUUUCGCCAGACGAUCAACGAGCGGAAGAUCACUUUCAAGCCACUCAUUCGCGCGCUCCCGACGGGAGAUACAUUGUCCGCUUGCCCUUUAAGACAGGGCCUCCGAUCGAGAUUGGCGAAUCGCGCGCAAUCGCAGUAAGAAAGCUCGCCGCAUUACAGCGUCGAUUAAGCAUAAACUCCGAGUUAAAAUUAGAGUACGCUGAAUUUCUUCACGAAUACGAACAGUUGAAGCACAUGCAAGCGGUUUCGUCUCCAACGUCCGCGGACGGUCAGAUCGCCUACAUCCCCCAUCACGCAGUUAUUCGCGAGACAAGCGCGACCACCAGAGUACGCGUUGUGUUUAACGCCUCGAGCCUUACCACCAAUAACACCUCCCUUAAUUCUCACUAG